GUAAAUAAUAUCCCACGGAGUCCGCAUCGUCAGGUUUUGUUCAUUAGUUUCGCGCGACGAGUCGAUCGGCCAAUUAAAGACGAAAGAUAGAAAAAAAAAACAAAUACCAAAAACUAAUCGAAAAAUAGAAACGGCACCCCACCGAAAGUUAUAUAUACGUAGCGCGACGUCUGCAACCACAUCAUUGUGAGUUUCGAUUCAUCCGAACGACGACCUGAGCGACCGGAGUGUAUUUUUACAUUUAUAAUAUUAAAUUAAUCGUAAUUUGCGUCGAACAUGUCCGCCAUUAAGUGGUGUCUCCUCGGGAUCAUGGUCACCGUGCGGUUGUCGUCCGGCCACAGUGAUUCCGCUCCAGAAAGGUCAUUUGGCGUGUUGCGUUGCACUUCCGCCGACGGGCCAGGCACGUGUCUUUUCAAGGGUCUGCUCAAAAAUGCAUUGCUGUACGCCGCGAGUCGGAGGGAAGACUCAUUGUCCGCCGUCGCCGCCGAUGACAACAAAGUGGGCGACGGCGACGGUGGCCUUCUCCAACAGCAGUCCAAAGGCAUCGAGGAAUAUCUCAUAGAGCAGAUACAAAACAUAUUCGGAUUGUUUUCGUUCGGAUUUGAUCUUCCAUCCGAAGUCAUCGCCCCAUGGUCCUUGCUCAAGUCGUCUUUCCUCAACGGUAGAGGCAAAAAGAACAAAAACCUCGGCCCCAUGCUCGCCGCCGGCGUGGCCGUGAUGGCCGGCACGCUGCUACCUCUGGCGUUCGGCGCGCUGUUCAUGUUGGCCGGCAAGGCGAUCAUGACCAGUCUGCUGGCCAUCACGAUAUCCGGAAUGCUGGGCCUGAAGGCGCUGUUCGGCAAACACGAAUCGGGGCACGUCAAGUCGUACGCGGCGGCCCCGGCCGCUCACUACUCCGAGGCUCAGUUCGAACAGGAGCUGGGCGUGUACAAGGGCCUGCAGACCGAGGCCAAGAUGCACAGCUCGUCGGCCAACUAUUACGCUGGCGAGUCCAACCCCCCAGGAGCGUAUUUCAAGGGCGCGAGGCCGCCCGCACAGGAACAGGACCACCACGACGACGACGGCGGACCCGACCAGCCGGGAGGGUAUUACUCGUCAGCAGCGGGCCCACUGGUGCCCAACAACAAGAUCGCCGUGGUCGAGAAGAGCGACUAAACGACUGCGAUUCGCAUACCGCGGUUAGACGUAUUACCUAUUACGUUUUGUCGUUUUAUCGAUGAUGAUAUUUUUAUUUUAUCGUUAUUGCAGUCGUCGUUGUAGUCGUUGUUGACGAUUUUAUCUCCGUCGACACGGAAUUGUACAUAAAUUAAUAUAAUAAUAUCGAUUGUUAGUUAUACGUCUUAUAAGAACGAAACUCCGCGAUAGUCUUUAUAAUAUGUUAAAACCUAUUGGUUUAUUAUGACUAUAGACGGAGUAGUGGGUAGUGGGAAGGGAGGACGAAAAGAACAAGAACAACACUACCCGUGUUAUUAUCAUUAUAAUGUGUAAUAAUAACUUUCUAUACCUACUAGUAAAUUUAAUGAUAGAAUCUUGUAAUCAUAAUAUUAUGAUAAUUAUAAUAAUAAUAUUUAUUUGUACAAUAAAGCGUUUACUAUGUUACAUACU